GUCGACUGUCGGCGUCUUCCUGUUAUGCUGAUCAGGGAAAAAGACACAGCAGACCGGGAUCUGUUCGUGAGAAAUGGCCUCGAAAACUAUUAAAAAGACUUUGGUUGAUACGUUUAUGAACCUGUCGCAGCAAAACUUUGAGCAUUUCUGCUACGAGCUUCUGGACCGAGAAGAAGAGCCGCGGGUCAGACGCUCCUCGGUGGAGGGGAGAAGCAGGUUGGAAGUCGCAGAUGUGCUGGUUUCAACUUUUACCGAAGCCGGAGCUGUUCAAGUGGCUGUGGAGAUACUGAGAGAGAUAGAUUGCAACGAGGAUGCAGAACUACUCGCUGCAAGACCCUCAGCUGGAGGAAGACCUUUUGAUGCCACAGCAGACAAUUUCUUUUUAAGAAAUAGAGCCGAUCUGAUCCAGAGAGUGAGCUACAUUCUACCCAUUUUGGAAGAUCUUCUUGACAGACGUGUUCUCAAUCAUGAAGAAUAUGACCAUAUCAGAGCUGAGCAUACCACUCAGGAUCAGAUGAGGCUGCUCAUUGAUAUUUGCAGGAGAAAAGGUUCAGCUGUCGAUGACAUCUUCUACAGAAUCCUUGAGAUACAUGAGCCAUACCUCAUCGCUGAACUCGAAGAGGAACAUGGAAGGAAGUACAAGAAAGUCAUAGAUACACUAGGAACCAUGGCAGCUAAAAGGGUGCUUUUUGAAACACUGAAUGAUUUGAGUUCAGAGGAGCUACACACAUUCAUGUCACUCAUUGAAGCGGAGAAAGGUUUCCCUGUCAAAUCAAGGAGACAUCUGAAAGCAGACAUACAUACCAUCGUGAGGCUGAUGGUGGAGACGUUCAGCCUGGAGUGUGUGGAGUUGACCAAACAUGUUUUAAAGAAGAUGAACAGGUCUGAUCUGGUGCAGAAAUGGUUAAACAUCAUCCUAGGAUCCAAAGAGAAACGGCAGCCUCCACUGAUCCACAGAGUGGAGACGAUGGCUUCUGUGAAGGAGCUGCUUUUAGAAACACUAAAUGAUUUGAGUGACGAGGAGCUCAAGACAUUCAAGGAGUUCCUGGAGUUUAAUGUCGCCCAGAAGUUCCUCCCAGACAUCUCAUCAAUGUUGAGACUCACAGUUGACAGAGCAGAAAUAGUGGAUCUGAUGGUGCAGGCCUACAGCCGCCAGUCUGUGGAGUUAACCAGGGAGGUUGUAGAGAAAAUGAACAGGACUGACCUGUUGCAGAGGUUGUCAAAGCACAGCUCAGGACUCAAAGGGCCUUCAGGAAACUUGGAGCUGGAGGGAAGUGGAAGCGUUAUGGUGGAAACGAUGGCGUCUGUUGUCGAGCUGCUUUUGGAAACACUGGCUGCUCUGAGUGAUGAGGAGCUUAAGAAGUUCAAGCAUGUCCUUCGCAAUCAUAUUCACUCCAACAGACGCUUCCUGGACAUCCCACUGCUGCUGCUGGAGACGACAGACAGGCAGGACACAGUGUUUUCAAUGGUGCUGACCUGGGGACAACAGUCUGUGGAGGCUGCCAACGAGGUUUUGAAGAAGCUGGAGAGGACUGACCUGGUGCAGAGGUUGUCAGACAGCAGCAUGGAACCCAACACUGAACACCGAGCUGCACUGAUCCAGAGAGUUGCAACAGUGGCUGCUGUUAAACAGCUGCUUUUGGAAACUCUGAAUGAUCUGAGCGACGAGGAGCUUGAGGAAUUCAAGGGGUUCCUGGAGUUGAUUGUCUCCCAGAAGGACCUCCCAGACAUCUUCAGGAUGUUGAGACAAACAGACAGAGCUGACACAGUGGAUCUGAUGGUGCAGACCUACGGCCAGCUGUCUGUCGACUUAAGCAUGGAGAUUUUCAUAGAAAUGAACAAGAUUGACCUGAUGCAGAGGUUGUCAGGACUCAAAGAGAAACACUCUGUGGAUGAACAUCGACCUGCACUGUUGGAGAGAGCAGAAGCGCUGGCAGCUGUGAAACACCUUAUUUUGGACACACUGAAAGAUUUGAGUAACGACGAGCUAAAGGAAUUUAAGUGGUUGCUGCAGUUGACGUACUUCCAGAAGGGGCUUCCACACAUCCAAUGGAGACGACUGGACUGUGCAGAUAGUGCAGGCGCACUGGUGGAUCUGAUGGUGGAGAACCAGCAGCUGAUGGAGGUGACCAAAGAGGUUUUCAUGGACAUGAACAGGCCUGAUCUGGUAGAGAGGCUGUCAGAGACCAGCUCAGGACUCAAAGAGAAACACCCGUCUGAAGUGCUCCAGAAAGAAGUAACAAUGACAUCAACAAUAGAGAGGCUUUUGGAAACAUUUGACAUUUUAAAUCACGGGGAGCUCCAGCAAUUCAAGAGGCUCCUGCAGCACACUGAAAUGGAGAUAGACGUCUCAAAAGUCUCAAGAUACCAACUGGAGACAGCAGAGGGAGGUGAAGUAGCAGAGCUGAUGGUGGAGACCUACGGCCAGCAGUCUGUGGAGGUGACCAGGGAGGUUUUAGAGAAGAUGAACAGGAGUGAUCUGGUGCAGAGGUUCUCUGAAAUCAGCUUAGGAUCUGAAGGGUCUUCAGGAAGCUUGGAGCUUGAGGGUUGUGGCAGCAUGACGCAGGUCUCCAUUGACUGGACUACACUUGACCCUGAAGUGAGAAGUACAGACGAGGCUCCAACUUACAGCCUACAGUCUGAAGCAGGAAACUUUGAAUGCAGCGUCUCUGGCUUGCGCUGGGUCUGUAAGGAAAAGGUCAGCUUGAAGUACCAGUUUUGCUCCUUGAAGUAUCACAUGGAGAAGAUUGAAAGCAUACAGUACAUGCCUGCAGGGCCCCUUAUGGACAUCAAGGUCAUUGCUGGGAAGUUAGAUGUUGUGUUCCUGCCUCACUGGAUCUGCGUCGAUGAUCCUACACUGUUAGACAAGUUUGCAGUCCUGCACAUAGAUGACUGUGGAGUUACUGUGGAUAAAGUGUCUGAGGUCACAUCGUCCCAUGUCAAGCUGUGUGAGCCAACUUUCUCUUUAAUCAUAGCCCUGCUGGAAUGGUUCGGCAUUUUGUCAGUGGAGAUAUACUGUAUGGUGGUUAUAUACUAUAAAACUGAGACAUCAUCCCUGGAACUCCAUGUUUACCUGAUCCCACCUGAUCCUGCUCUGAUAAAGGAAAUAGACCAGACAGAAUUAUCUGAAGGAUACAAAAGAAUCCGAAAGCCACAUCCAACGAUGCCCCUGAAGAUGAAUGGACUUUUCAUCCUUAAAGCACAGCUGGAUAAAGAAGAAAUUGCUGUUGAAAAAUUAAGGCUCAGACAUGAAAGCACGGAGCCAAAUUACGCAGAAGUGUAUAUUGAAAAUCAUCAAGAGAGAAAUGUUGAGCUCAAGCUCACACAAGAAAAAAGGGAGCAACCAGUCUGGACCUGUGUUAUUCGAAAAGGACAAUACCAAAGCACUAGUCAUAUAGAAGUUGCAGACACAAGUGGACUGUUAUCAACAUCUGGUUCCCGUAACACUGCGGGACCCUCAGCUGGAGCAGCAGAAGCUGCGGGACCCUCAGCUGGAGCAGCAGAAGAUGAGCACUUUGUCGAUAAACAUAGAAAAAUCCUGAUUAGGAGAGUGAGCAACAUUAAAGCCAUUCUGGAUGACCUCCUCGACGAAGGAGUCCUCCAACAUGGAGUUUAUCAAAAAAUCAUGCUGAUACCUACCGAUGAGGACAAGAUGAGAGAGCUCUACUUGGGUCCCCUGAAAUCUGCCAGAAAACACAAAGACAUCUUCCUCAAAACUCUUGAGGAAAAUGAGAAACAUCUUAUUGCUGAGCUCAAGGCAAAGAAGUGAAUGAUGGGUUGAAAUCUAUUUUUAGACCAAACAUACACCAGUCUACCUGAGAAAAGGGAUUUUAAAUCUUAACAAUGGGGAAACGUGAAUGUUAAUGCUAUGUCUCAGUGGGGGUUUUUUCUAAAGAGUUGCUUUUUCACACUUUAUGUUUAAACAAAGCUUAAUUUUACACAUUAAUUAGUUUAGAUUUGUAUGGCAUGUGGUGACUGUCCUGUCCUGAUCAUGAGUUUUUAAUGUAAGGUUUGAAACCAGAUUUAGCAAAUGUUCAUCAGACAAUCAUGUAAGAAGUGAAUGAAGAUUCUCAUCAGAUGUAAUGUUUUUAUCCAACAAAUUACAAAUGGAUGAAAGUUUGUUUUCUUUCAUCUAAUGAUAAGCACAUUAAAGCAUGCUUGUUUAUGAUUAUCCAUAAGCUUUACAAAAACAACAAUGUUUAUGAUUGUGGUUAGGUUUUUUAAAGAAUAUUUAAGCUUAAAAAAACUGAUUCAUGUCACAGACAUGUUUGUCCCUGAUCUCAAGAAUCACUCAUGUAUUGUAGGUUAGACUAUUUAUGCCGAUUUGCUAAAAGUUUGUUUUAUCUGGUUUUAUCAUCUUUCAGAGAGAAAAAAA